GUUCAACAGUAUGGACGUACCAUGGACUUCCAUUUUCAUUCAGUUCAUUUUGCUUUUAUUCGUUUUGGAGUUUACGUCGACUUUCAAACAGACAGGUACAUGCUACUUUCCCGAACGCUGGGAGGGCACAUGGUUCCAGUCUGGAGUUAGGCAAUCAAUUCUAAUAGAAGGACCAAGACUGAGUAGUAAAGGAAGAUGUGUAGGUUCAGAAGGAGAUAAAUUUCUACUACUAGAUGAUAAAAAGGCCUGCUAUAGAUGUGUAGUAAUCCAUGAGAAGCACAUAAAUGUACUUCAGUAUAAAGAAACAUAUUGCCACAGUCGAGAACUACUCCCCUCUCUAUGUGGCCUUAUCACAGGCGAUGCUCUCCUGUACUCCAUGUUCAGGGAGAACGCUGUACCAAUUCCCUGUCCCUUUAAAGGACCCUUCACCUUCACAUAUAACCGCGGUCAUGGAGAGUGCAGGUAUCCCGUUUCCAGCAUAGACACGUGCAUCGAAGAAAGUAAACUGCUUUUGAGCUAUCAGGCUUGUCCCGACGUGCAUGGGUCAGAAAGUGCAAUUGAGGAACUUCAAUGUCUAGCUUUAUGGAAAGAGGGCAGUUCGAGGUACUUAGUAGGCAAAAUAUACCACAGUCAUGUUACUUCCAACGAGGACAGGUAUCGAUGUUUCGUAUACGAGAAAGCUUCCUCAGCUUCGGAAGCCUUAGACGGCGUGGAUUACAGGGUGGCUCAAAGCGGUGAUGCUACUUGCAACGGACUCUUCAGUGCCACUGAAGGUAGUCGAACUAUGACCCUUAAAAAAGCACUUCCACUCAACAAAUGUCGCUUCCCGUAUUGGAUAGCAAACUCCAAUCACUGGCACAGCUUGGAUUAUUCUUCCACUUACAGUUUUCAUCAUAAAAACUCCACUCUUAGAAUUACCAAUUCUACUGGGAUCGACAUGAAGAUCAUUUGCGUUCAGUUAAAGCAAUCUACUAGAGAUGAAAAUGCUGUCGUACUUGUAACUCACUUUACUAUGGGAUGUCAAAAUGGGUACGUAUGUAUUGCAUUUUAUCGACGUGACAUAAAUGUAAUGGAAAUGCAAAUGGGUACGCAAACCAAUAGAAGAGAAGAUUCUUGUAACCAGAACUUCUUUGAUAAAAACAUUUUGCCUUUCAUCACCUUAGUCACAACAUCAAUAGAUACCCAGAAUUGUCCGUUUGCGGGUAAAUUCGAUGUGACGAACUUAGUCCAAAACAAGCGUGACUCUGGUCUAAGUAAAUAUUCCCAAAAAGAGGAUUCCAGAUAUUUCGAUUCAAGUUUCUACUUCCGGAAGCAGAGGAGGUCUAUAUAUUUUGAACAAUUAGAAUACGGAAGGAGACGUGUUAAGCGUGUAGAUGAAGAUUUUGACUGUGAUAGUAACGGUUUUACUAAACUGAUUAUUGGGUGUGUCAGCUUCGAUACUAUGGAGUUCGCCACAGAUUGCUCAGCUCCAAAUAUAAUUACUUCUUACUCGUGUCAUGGUCGAUGGGAAGAAAAUGGAACCAAUUUUUUGAUCACAUCGCCAAUGGGCCAUGCAACUUAUGGUGCUCGUAAAUUUUGUUUUAUGUACAAAGAAUUGAUAUCAGGUGUCAUGUUUUCCACGUCGUCUGAAAAUUGUAAUCGUUUGGUGAAACCAGGCAUUAGCGGAGAAUUAAUAUUUAAUAUAAGUAGCACAGGAAAAUGCUUCGACACUGACGCUUCAGCAAGGGCUCAUCCAAUAAGUGCUUGGCUAAUAGCAUACAUUCUCUUUUCUACUAUAGUAUCUACAAUAAUUACAUCAAGAUGAUCAAUAAAAAUGUUAAGUGUUACAUAAUUAUGAGACUGUUAAGGAAAAAGUGGUUGUGCGUCUAUUUUAGCGAAAUUUGAAAAUGUGUUUUAUUUAUUUUUUUACAGAGAGAGUUAUUUAAAAAAAACAUUGGUAGGAUGAAGAAUGAAUAUAUUAUCUAAUUUUAUAAAUUUUUGGUGAUGAAUUACUUUUUAGUUUUGGUUAAAUUAGAUUAUUUGUUUAAAAACAUUUGAACAUAUUUUCAAAUUUCAAAGGUCUACAGUCAAUAAUGUAAAGUCAUUGUUGUUAUACGUUUUUACAAUCAUUUUUCAUGAAAUGUUAAGACUGUAGAUCAAAAUAAUACAGUGUCUGUUUGAAAUCAUGCCAUACAAAUUUCUCAAAAUACCCAUUUAAAGAAUACCACUAUUAUUUUAAAGCAAUGAAUUUUCCUUAAUAUGUUCAAUGAAUUUUUUAAGUUGCUUUUAAUACAUCUAUAUACUCACU